GGGACCCGGAAGUGCCGGGCUUGUGCGCCGCCGCGGUCUAGAAAGCCUCAGGAUGGGGACGCCGGUGGAAGGAAAGAACAAGAGGAAGAAAAAGAAAGGUGCCCAGGAGAGAGACAACCCGGAGGACGGCGUUCGCGGGAGUCUGGCCGGAGACUAUGUGGUUGGACAAGUCGCCAGCAGCUUGCUCCAGGGCAGUCGCCCCUCCAGAAAUAGUACAGCUCGGUUGGCGUCCCUCUUCAGCUCUUCUGAGCCUCAGCUCCAACCCGUGUAUGUGCCUGUGCCUAAAGAAACCACCAAAAAAAGGAAACGGGAUGAGGAGGAAGAAGGUGCAUCCCAAAUUCAAGGACCACUUUUGCAAGAACCUUCACAAAAAAUGAAAGUGAAGAAGAAACUUUCUGCUGCAGACAAAAAGUUGGCAAACAGGGAAAAUGCCCUAGCAAGUGCUGAUUUAGAAGAAGAAAUUCACCAAAAACAAGGACAGAAAAGGAGUGCUUCUCAAUCUGGUAUUAAAGCAGCAGAUAAAAAAGUACUUGAUGAUGUAGAUCACACAGUUGUAAAUCAGAGAAAGAAAAUUGAAAUCAACCAAGAAAAAGAAAGAUUAAAGAAUGAGAGAACGGUGUUUGUUGGGAAUUUGCCUGUCACGUGUAAUAAGAAGAAGCUGAAGUCAUUUUUUAAAGAGUAUGGACAGAUAGAAUCUGUACGAUUUCGUUCUCUGAUUCCAGCAGAGGGAACUCUGUCCAAAAAGUUGGCAGCAAUAAAACGUAAAAUUCAUCCUGAUCAGAAAAACAUUAAUGCUUAUGUUGUGUUUAAGGAUGAGAGCGCUGCUACAAAAGCAUUGAAAAGAAAUGGGACCCAGUUUGCAGAUGGAUUUCGUGUUAGAGUUGAUCUGGCAUCCGAGACUUCAUCUAGGGACAAGAGAUCAGUAUUUGUGGGGAAUCUCCCGUACAAAGUGGAAGAAUCUGCAAUUGAGGAACACUUUUUGGACUGUGGGAGUAUUGUGGCGGUUAGGAUUGUGAGAGACCCAGCCACUGGAGUCGGCAGAGGCUUCGGCUACGUACUCUUUGAGAAUACAGAUGCUGUUCAUCUUGCUCUGAAGUUAAAUAAUUCUGAACUGAUGGGAAGGAAACUCAGAGUCAUGCGUUCUGUCAAUAAAGAAAAAUUAAAGCCAAAUUCAAAUCCCAGUUCGAAGAAUGUCGGUAAACCUAAGCAGGGACUUCAUUUUGAUUCAAAAAAUGUAGGACAUUCUAAAAGUUUGUUUAUUGGAGAAAAAGCUGUUCUCCUUAAGAAGAAAAAGAAAGGGCAGAAGAAAAAUGGACGGACUAAGAAACAGAAAAAACAGAAGUAACAAUCCGAAGGUUAUUUUGCUCCCACUGAGUACUCGUAAUAAAAGUGUGGUAAACUCAUGUAUCAAGUUGCAGAAUUUUAUAUGGAUGGUGCGUGUGAAACGUGGGAACAUUUUUAGUUUAUUCACAUUGUGAUGGCACCUUUGAAGCGUUUGUUUUAAGAUGUAAGCAGAUUAGUCACCAGUGAUUAUGAGAUGGUAUGAGAUGAUUUUAGGCUUAAGGUAAACAUUUAGAAUUUUAGUGGCUAUGUAUUAGCGUAUGAUAGAAAUAUGUAAUUAACACUUCAGAUGGUUGUUUCAAGAAUUACUUGGGAUGAGACUAAAAGUGAGUAAAUUUAAAAAGUAUAUAUGUAUGCACACGUUGAUACCAAUUGGAUCUAGAUAGGUAGGAAUACUGAUCUAAUACAAAUAACAGUCCCAAAGAAGAAGGGUUUGAAGGGCUCUUGUAUAACAGCCACUAAAUUUUUUCCCCCUUUCUCUUGAACUUGUGAAAAGUAGAGUUCUGGGUUUUUAUUUUAAUUCAUCAACGUAGUAAUAAACUAACCAAAGAAUAUUAUAUGAAA